GGGGUGGCCGGCUCCGGAGCCCCCUCCGCGCCGCCCUCGCCCGCGCUGCCCGUCCGCGAGCACGGAGUUCGCCGCGACCCGGAGCGCUGCGGAUACAAAGGCGCCGGGCCGAGCCCACCGGCACUUGGCGGCGGCGGAACGCCGCUUGAUUUUCUCUGAGACAAGCCCACCCGUCCAGCAAGAUAGAGUCCCUCAGGGUGACGGUUGAUUUCCUGAAGGUGCCCCUUGGCCUGAAGAAGCCGGUGCUGAAGGAGGCGGCUGUGGGGCCCCCCAGAAGGCCCCAGCCCGUGGCCCUGGAGCGCUACAAGGCACGGCGUUCGGACGCCAUGGACACCGAGUCGCAGUACUCGGGCUAUUCCUAUAAGUCGGGCCACUCCCGCAGCUCCCGCAAGCACAGGGACCGCCGGGACCGGCACCGCUCGAAGAGCCGCGAUGGGAGCCGCGGUGACAAGUCCGUGACGAUCCAGGCUCCAGGGGAGCCCCUGCUGGACAACGAGUCCACGCGAGGGGAUGAGCGGGAUGACAACUGGGGGGAGACGACCACAGUAGUAACGGGCACCUCAGAGCACAGCAUCUCCCACGAUGACCUCACGCGCAUCGCCAAGGACAUGGAGGACAGCGUCCCGCUGGACUGCUCCCGUCACCUGGGUGUGGCGGCGGGGGCCACGCUGGCGCUGCUGUCCUUCCUCACGCCGCUGGCUUUCCUGCUGCUGCCCCCGCUGCUGUGGCGGGACGAGCUGGAGCCCUGCGGGACGGCCUGUGAGGGCCUCUUCAUCUCCGUGGCCUUCAAGCUGCUCAUCCUGCUGCUGGGCAGCUGGGCCCUGUUCUUCCGGCGGCCCAAGGCCUCGCUGCCGCGCGUCUUCGUGCUGCGCGCGCUGCUCAUGGUGCUGGUUUUCCUGCUCGUGGUGUCCUACUGGCUCUUCUACGGCGUGCGCAUCCUGGACGCCCGCGAGCGCAGCUACCAGGGCGUCGUCCAGUUCGCCGUGUCGCUGGUGGACGCCCUGCUCUUCGUGCACUAUCUGGCCGUGGUCCUGCUGGAGCUGCGCCAGCUGCAGCCCCAGUUCACGCUCAAGGUCGUGCGCUCCACCGACGGCGCCAGCCGCUUCUACAAUGUGGGCCACCUCAGCAUCCAGCGAGUGGCAGUGUGGAUCCUGGAGAAGUAUUACCAUGACUUCCCUGUCUACAACCCCGCCCUCCUCAACCUGCCCAAGUCCGUCCUGGCCAAGAAAGUGUCUGGCUUCAAGGUGUACUCCCUCGGAGAGGAAAACAGCACCAACAACUCCACGGGCCAGUCCCGGGCGGUGAUCGCCGCAGCUGCUCGGAGGCGGGACAACAGCCACAACGAGUACUACUACGAGGAGGCGGAGCACGAGCGGAGGGUGCGCAAGCGGCGGGCCAGGCUCGUGGUGGCGGUGGAGGAGGCCUUCACGCACAUUAAGCGGCUGCAGGAGGAGGAGCAGAAGAACCCCAGGGAGGUGAUGGACCCCCGGGAGGCGGCGCAGGCCAUCUUUGCCUCCAUGGCUCGGGCCAUGCAGAAGUACCUUCGCACCACCAAGCAACAGCCCUACCACACCAUGGAGAGCAUCCUCCAGCACCUGGAGUUCUGCAUCACCCACGACAUGACGCCCAAGGCCUUUCUGGAACGGUACCUGGCGGCCGGACCCACCAUCCAGUACCACAAGGAGCGCUGGCUGGCCAAACAGUGGACGCUGGUGAGCGAGGAGCCGGUGACCAAUGGGCUCAAGGACGGCAUCGUUUUCCUCUUGAAACGCCAGGACUUUAGCCUGGUGGUGAGCACCAAGAAGGUCCCCUUCUUCAAACUCUCCGAGGAGUUUGUGGACCCCAAGUCGCACAAGUUCGUCAUGAGGUUGCAGUCUGAGACCUCGGUGUGACCGAGCCGCAGGGCCGGGGGCG